AUGGCAAUCAGGCAGGAGGAGGAUUAUAGCAAUCAGCACAAGGCUACAGCAGCAGCUGUAGCAUCAAUGGUCAGAAGUGGUAGUAGGCCCAGCAAAGGGAAGCAGAUAGCAGCAAAGACGAAAAACCCAUUCCAAAAAAAUGGCGUCACUUUAAGAGUGCUGCUGGUUCUUUUGCAUGAUUUCCCAGAGUUCCUUUGUGAUUACCAUUAUGGGUUCUGUGAUGUGAUCCCACCUAAUUGUAUCCAGUUAAGAAAUUUGAUCCUGAGUGCCCUCCCAAGAAACAUGAGGCUCCCAGACCCAUUCACUCCUAAUCUGAAAGCGGACAUGUUGAGUGAAAUUAAUAUCACACCCUGGAUACUCACCAAUUUCACUGGAGUGAUGCCACCUCAGUUCAAAAAGGAUUUGGAUUCCUACCUUAAAACUCGAUUGCCAGUCACUUUUCUGUCUGAUCUGCACAGCAACUUGCAGGUAUCCAGUGAGCCUGGCAAUCGCUACAACCUCCAGCUCAUCAAUGCAUUGGUGCUCUAUGUAGGAACUCAGGCCAUUGCGCACAUCCACAACAAGGGCAGCACACCUUCAGUGAGCCCCAUCACCCACUCAGCACACAUGGAUAUCUUCCAGAACCUGGCUGUGGACUUGGACACUGAGGGUCGAUACCUCUUCUUGAAUGCAAUUGCAAACCAUCCGCAGUACCCAAAUGGCCACACUCACUACUUCAGCUGCACCAUCCUGCACCUUUUUGCAGAGGCCAACACUGAAGCUAUCCAGGAACAGAUCACAAGGGUUCUCUUGGAACAGUUGAUUGUAAAUAGGCCACAUCUUUGGGGUCUUCUUAUUACCUUUAUUGAGCUGAUUAAAAAUACAGCCUGCGUGGAGAACCAGAAGACUUUCAAGGCAGCUCUGAAGGAGUUUCUAUUAACCUAUAGUCCGCAGCCAGGUGUGGCUGAGGACCAAGACAGUGUCUUAACUGUACGGGUAGAAGAGCUGCAGUUCCAGUCAAAAGCUAAAUCCUGCCAAAUCUUUUCUGGAUCUGUGCUCGUGGUGCAGUGUGUGCUUUCAUGGCUACCUAACCGCUGGGCUCAUCUCCUACAAAUCUUGUAG